CCAGACAGCGACCCGAGUGCCAGGACUCUCGAAAAGAAACGUUCCACUGUGCUCGUGUCAGUCGAGGGACCUCUGCAGUAACUCUUGGUCGUUCCCCUGCACAUUAAACAGGAAUCGUAUCUCCUGCAGACAUGAAAUUGUUGGACACGUAAGCAUAUCUGACGUGGACUUGAGAGACAGCCGAGCACGCUUGUCUGGUGCUGCCUUUACCUUCCCUGAAAUGGAAACACGGUAUUGAGGUGGAGUGUUUUGAAUUAAGACGUUCUAAUUGUUUUCGAUUUUAAAAGGACAGGACGCCUUUGUUUUGCGAACUUCGUGUCAUUUGUUUCGAGCGGGACAUAAGACUUAACGAGGAUGUGACACAUCAAGACAUAGCCAGCUUUUAAGCAUUCCCAAUUUUCUUCAACUUCUUUUGCUGGAUUCAGAAAGUUCCCCAAGCUCUGAGCGUUUCAUCGGCUGAGUUUUGUUUGACCUUUUUCUCGGAUUUGUUUCGAUAAGAACGUUUGUCCUGCCAAGAUGAUACCGAGAACUGUGGUACUGUGUGUGACUGUUCUUUUGUCCAUUGUUGUCACCGUGAACAGCCAAGGCAGGCGACUUCCUCCUAACCAGACCCCGCCCAUACUCCGACCUGUUCCCGAUACGAGAGGAGUAGAUUUCAUCUUCUGUUUCAUGAGCAACUUCCAGAUACCGGAGCGCCUGAUGAUCAUCAUCGGUGGCAACUCACCGGGCGACACGCGGGUACAAGUACAAGUGCCGGCCCUGAAUAUCUUACGGUUCAUAGAGGUUCCCGAGGGACAGACGCGCUUCUUGGACAUCCCGCCCAUCGCAGCAGCCAUUGGGACCGGCUUCCAGAAUGGCACCGUGUACGUGCUGGCCCAGCAGCAGGUCACCGUCCACGCCGUCAACUCUAUCUCCAACACCAACGACGGUUUCCUGGCCAUACCCACAGACGGCUUGGGGACGGAGUACAUUGUGGCCUCUUACGACCCCGUGCCGAUUGAGCAAUCUCAGUUCAUAAUAUCCGGGACGCAGGAUUUUACGAGAGUCUGGGUAACCCCGACAAAUCAGAUCAGAUGGGGUGUGCGACUUUACCAGCAGGGAGAGACCAUCAUCGUCAACCUCAUGCGGUUCCAGUCCAUCCAGUUCCAGAGCGCUGCCGACCUGACAGGUUCCCACAUCCGAUCCAACAAGCCUGUGUCUGUUUCCUCCGGGGCCUCCUGCACCCUCGUCCCGGCUGGGGUGUACCGAUGCGACCACCUUAUCGAGAUGAUACCUCCGGUGCCGACGUGGGGCAAAAGGUUCACCCUUCUGCCCUUCGUCAACAGGACAUCGGGCUUCAUCUUCCGCAUCAUCGCGGCGCGCCAGCAGACAGAGAUCAAUGUUGCCGGGAUCAAUACUUGGUUGAUGCAGAUGGGAGAGUACAGGGAAUACGACCAGAGGUCACCGUUCCCAGUGACGGUGACAGCCAGCCGACCUGUCCUGGUCGUUCAAUACGCUAAAGGCUUCGAGAGUGACAUGAUGGGAGACCCCUUUAUGACCCUUGUUCCUCCCGUAGAACAGUUCAUCAUGGGCACUGUGACUUUCGGGACGUUUAACGAGUCGUCACUCCUACUGCAGCGCCAGCCCCUCCGGAGUUUUGUUUGCGUGUCCGUGUCCGCCGAAUCACUCUUCGCUGUCAGCCUGAACAACAUACCAGUCCUGGACAGCAGGAGGAACGUGCCUGCCUUUGGGAGGCUGGCGACCUACGGCGCCGACCGCUCGUUUGAGAUUCAUCGCGGUGCUAACACCAUAUCCAACCCUUCGCUGUUCACGAGAUUUGGGGCAAUAGUCUAUGGUUUCGGACUGGGCACUUCGUACGGAUAUCCAAUCGGGUACAGGUUAAUUCGACAGCUGUGUAGCCGUGUAAAUAAAGGAACAGAGCAAGUCAUAGAGUACGACUGUUUCGACACCAACGUGGGGAACGUUCCCGACGGGGUACCCGGCCCGCCAGGUCCAGGAUUACCGGGUUUUCCCAACCCACCACUGGGUGGUCCGUUCGGUGACGAAGAACUCGACCCCAACCGACCCCCCGGUGGAUAUAUACCGGCCGGCCACCCCGCCUUCCCUUUCAUACCCGACCCCAACUGGCCAAGUGCCCAGCUACCUCUACCGCCUCUACCGCCUCCAGAGCCACCAACCGGCGGCUGUUUCUCGACUGGUCUACUCAUCCUUGGUGCUAUAGCGCCCGCUUCCAUCGUCUUCCUCAUCAUGCUCAUUAUUCUCGUCACUCUCCAGGCCUCGAAAAAAAAAUACUGAAAAUCUCAGCUCAACGUGCCGGAAGAUUGUCUUCGUCAAGGUCAAUGUGCAGCCAACACGCAUGCUACAGUAAUAAAACCGCGUCGUACACUGCACCAGCUUGUAGAUACAGAAAAGUUUGUGUGCUUUUAAAACAAGUGACGCAAUAAAACGUAUAAUUUUGUUU